GUCCAUGUGCGACAGCUCACUCCCUUCAGUCUUCUUAUCUCCAGCUGGUAAGUGGUGAGCUGAGGCUGUUCCUCAACCUUCUGUUCUCUCACAGACAGGGCACAACAUAGCUACAAUGUCUGACACUGAGGAGAUUGUGGAGGAAUAUGAAGAAGAGGAGGAGGAAGCAGAGGAAGAGGCUGAGGAAGAGGAGAAUGUAGAGGAGGCCCCUCAAAUAGAGGAUGAUGAAAAUGAGGCAGAGGAAGAAAAUGAGGUGCAGGAAGAAGAGGAAGAAGACUCCAAGCCUAAGCCUAAGUUGUAUGUCCCCACCAUUGUCCCUCCCAAGCUCCCCGAUGGCGAGAAGGUGGACUUUGACGACCUCCAUCGUAAACGUGUCGAGAAGGACUACAAUGAGCUUCAGAGCCUCAUUGAGGCACACUUUACCAACAGGCAGAAAGAGGAAGAGGAGCUGGUAGCCCUGAAGACCCGCAUUGAGCGGAGACGUGCAGAUCGUGCAGAGCAGCAGCGCAUUCGAGCCGAGCAGGAUCGUGAGAGACAGGCUCGUUUGGCUGAGGAAAGGGCACGGCGUGAGGAGGAGGCAGCUAAACUCCGGGCUGAGGAGGAUGCCAAGAAGAAGAAACUCCUCACCAAUAAGGGCUAUGGAGGCUACCUGCAGAAGGUGGAACAGAAGAAGGGCAAGAAGCUGACAGAACGUGAGAAGAAGACAAAGGCCCUCAUGGAGCGCCGCAAGCCACUCAACAUCGACCACCUUAACCAGGAGAAACUGGCUGAGAAGGCCAGAGAUCUCUGGCAGUGGCUGCAGCAGCUACAUGCUGAGAAGUUUGACCUGGGUGAGAAGCUGAAGAGGCAGAAGUAUGACAUCAAUGUGCUGCGCAACCGUGUCAGUGACCAUCAGAGGUACAGCAAGACAGCCAAGACAACUAGGAAGUCCUGGAAGUAGAUAGUGUGAAUUAGGGAAUAUAUGAUGUAGUGGCAUAGACUCCUGGUCACAUCACACCUUAACUUUAUUGAUUUAACUUUGAAGAAUUUGAUUUUAUCUUUGAUUUACAGUGAAUUCUUUUGGUAAGAAAGAUCAGCUGAGCCCAUGUUUGCUGCCACUACAUAUGCAAGACUGACAGACAUCCAAUGUGUUAAAGCUUGCAGUUCUAAUUGUCUUUCUGGUUUAUUCUGUAUCACUUACAUAACUGAAAAGUUAUACAAAAGUUUGCAUUCCCCGUGGUGUGUGAAGGGAACAGAAGGAAAAUGCAUCACUAUUUUGAAAGGUAUCUCCAAUAAAAGAAAAUCUAAUUCCAAGAUGUUAAAUGUGAAAUUUGUGUAUAUAGCAGGACAAUACAUGAGGCAAAAUCAACAGGAAAAUAGUUUAAAAAUAACUGUAGUAUAAGAAGGCAGGGUUUGACAUCUACUAUAGAUAGAACAGACAUUUAUCAAGAAGAAUGGGCAAAGAUUUGACAAACUGUCUGGCUGAGUUAGAACAGAUAUCUCUAGAAGGAUGUGUGGGUGGGUGGGCUGCUGGGGGAAGAGCUGUUCAAAGGAAAUGGACGAGGUUGGAGGCAGUUAUAAAGGCAAAGUGUGAGCAGACAAGUUACUGGAGAAUAUUAAAAUCAAAUACAGCAAUGGAGACGCAAAUUGUAAUAAUAGCAUUUUUUUCUAUUUGACAAUUUUCUUACUUGUAAUAAGGAAGGAACAUCUGUGAAAUCUAACACACUAAAUGUCUUAUUGCUAUAAAUUACAUUUUUCUCUGUCUUCUUCAUUUUGUCCUAAGGGUAUACAAACUUUUGUACUCAACUGUAUGAAAUAGUUUUUGAAAAAAAAAUUAAUCAGUUUUGUUUCCUGUGUGUUUAAAUUCUUUUGUCACAUUAAAGUAGGUAACUAUUGUAAGGUGCUAUUUUUAAGUGUGUUAUCAACUGUACGUUUUCUUUAUCUGCAUGGUGGAAUGGAAGGCAUGCCUGCAUGGACAAGGUGUUAUCUCAAACUCGACAGCACACUUCAAAUUGAAUGUUAAAACAGACAAUCGAGGACCACUUUCAAACAUGAUUUUAGUGACAACUAAACAUUAAUAAAACAUUUUAUUCA